AUGUUGCACAGAAAUGUUAGGAGAUACAUUAAUGUUAUUGGACUGCAUAGCAAAUAUGUGAAUGUUUUAAGACUCCCUUACUACUUGCAUCAGUUUGCUCUAGAAAAAAACCCAGAAAAGUUUUUGAUAACUGUUUCUUUGGCAAUCGUUUGUUGUUUCUUUUUAGAUGAAGAGGGAAAACAAAAGUUUGACUCAUGGUGGUUUCUAAAAGGGUUGGUGUCAGCAACAACGAUGAACAGAAAAAAAAAAUUAAAACUGACAAGAACAGAGUGUGGAAGUGAAAAGGUAAUUAGUGAAGUUGAUGAGUUAAAAAAUUUGAAGCUCAGACAGAAUCAAUUAAAAUCACUAAUUAAAAGGCAAAUACUUCCGAUGCCCCCAGAUAUUGAGAGCUAG